GCACCCGUAGAGUUACCGUCAAACUAGACGUGUACUUGCUACAUUGUUGUUAUGUAAUUUCAUCAGAAUCGGGAAAUGCGUGUGUUUACAACUCUACACAAAACUCAUCGAUAAUCCUCAUCCGACUCCUUUUUAAUCCUUACUAAUGUGUUCGUAUCAUAAUGUCUUCAGAUUUGAUGUUAGAUUUCGUGAAUUCAUCGAUGAUGAAUAAGGAAGCGGAGGAUAUUUGCAUCGACCAGGAUGGAGAGUGGGAUAUCAGUUUGUUUGAUGAGCUGGAGGAUCUUGGGAAUGCUGACGAGCUUCUGGAGGCUCUGGUGGAGAGUGUAGGCUAUGGCACCUCUGUCCCUGACCUGAACUUUGACCUUGAUAUCCCAGCGUGGAACUCAGAUGGCUGGAGGGAAAACGGUAGCCCACGCUCAGAUGGUGAUGUAAGCAUGGACUCACUCUCACCAAACCACACGCUCAGUUCAGUGUCCUCCCCAGCGUCAGUAGAGCCCAACUCACCUUGCUCCACACAUGAUGAGGCACUGUCUCCAGUCUCCUGGAAUUCUCAGCCCUCUCCGCUGUCUGUCUGCUCUGACUCCAGCAGCUUUGCUGAGGCACCUGCUGAGAGGAAGCCUUCCAAGAGGACCAGUCAGUCAAAAGCAAAGCCUCUCCAGCCAGUGAAGAAACUCAUUCAGUUUAGCCCCAAGGUUUCCAUUCAGCCUAAACCACUCUUUACCUCUGGGCCCAUCUCCCAUGCUGCAGCCCCCCUUCAGACUAAGACCAUCAUCAUCCAGCCUCUCCAGACUACCGUUCUGCCUGUAGUGAAACCUCCACAAGUCACCAUUCAACCAGUACCCCAUACAGGUCAGCGAAUGUUGCUAUCUCAGCCUACUCAGGUUGUCCAACUUCAGACACCUCAGGCAGUGCCCACACAUGUAGUCACCGUGCCCACACUGACUCAGGACAGAUCCAUCUCUGUUGUUGGCUCGGUAACAGCAUCUCCUGUGGUCGCCAUGACAAUGCAGAAUUCCACCCCUGAGGAUGAUUCAAGUGCGUCUCGGAGACAGCAGCGCAUGAUAAAGAACAGGGAGUCUGCCUCUCUCUCCCGGAAGAAGAAAAAGGAGUAUUUGCUGACGCUGGAGGCCCGUCUGAAGGUGGCACUGUCAGAGAACGAGAAGCUGAAGAAUGAAAACGGCACAUUGAAAAGACAAAUGGAAGGCCUGAUGAAUGAGAACUCUGUGAUGAAAGCAACCGCACCAAAACGGAGAGCUGUGUGUCUAAUGGCAGUCCUGGUCUUCUUGGUCUUUAACUUGGGUCCAAUGAGUCUGCUUGGAGGAAAUAGAGGGUCUACAUUUCCUGCUGCCCCUGCAUUCAGUGGCAGACACCUGCUGAGCUUUUCCUCAGAGUCUGGGAGAAACCUUGUGCCAGACAGGCCUCAGACUGAUCCCUCUAACCCCAUUAACGGGUUAGAGGAUGUGGUAUCAGAGCAGAAGGCUCUGAUGGUGGUGAAGGAUCCUCUGUAUUUCAGAACACCCCCCUGCCAGCCACCUGUCAACAGGACCAAGUGCAUGAAGAUAGCACAUGAGCUGAGGGGCUGGGUACAUCGUCAUGAGGUUGAGCGGACCAAAACCCGCCGAAUAAGCAAAACUCACCAUAGAGGCAGAACCAUCCCGAAAGCAGCAGAUAAACGGGCUGAGGUACCACAGAUCAUGACACAGAUCCAGUACACGGAUUCCUCUGAAAAGAUUCCCAGCAGCGAGCUGCAGGUGUAUUACGCCCCUCACCGCACCUACAGUGACUUCUUUGAUGAACUCAACAGAAGAGGGGACACAUUCUAUGUGAUCUCUUUCCGCCGGGAUCACCUCCUCCUUCCCGCCAACAACCACAGUAAAGGCAGUCGCCCCAAGAUGUCCGUGGUCCUGCCAGCUAUGAAUUACAAUGAGAGCAUCCUAAAAGACAAAGAGUUUGAGGUGAUGAUGCAGAUCGACUGUGAGGUCAUGGAUACCAGGAUCCUUCACAUCAAGUCCUCUACUAUUCCACCCAUCUUGCGGGCCAAUCAGACAGACACAGACUCUUUCUAUCACGGGGCCCCCAGCAACAACCAGCCUGUGGCCCCCGUUGGAGUCCUCGUGGGUUCUUCUUAGUCUCAGCUAUCCUCUAACCACAAAAGUUGCUAAUAUUUUUUGUUACAUAAGCAUUUUGUUUCAUUUUUGUGACUCUUCUUGUUUGAUUGGCAAACCAGGAUCUUGGUAAUCAACUACCAAAUCCACAAAAUAAUCAACAAUAGUCAAAAAUUUCUCAUGAAGGCACCCCUUUAAAAUGCAUCAAGAGCCAUUUAAUACUGAUAAGCCAUUCAAUACAGAUUACAGUCUUUAUUCUAGGCUAUUGAUUGACUAUUGAGGCAUUUAUAGGCAUGUACACUUUAUACAAAGUGACUUCAAGCACAUUCAGGAUACACGUCUUUUCAGUUUGCUUGUGUUCCUAACAGAAGCAUUUAUUGUCCAAAUCUCCCAAACCAAAGUGUGUUCUAGUUUGAAUAUUGAACAGUUUGCUGUUUUAUGUGGCAGCUGUCAGGAAACUGUUUUUGAUUUUGCUUGCACUGUGCUUGUUCUGUUUUAGAAAUUAAUAAAAAUUUAUAUUUAUGAAGAUUUAUUAUUUGUAUCAAGCUUGUUUGGUACAUAUUUAAUUGUACUAUUCAGCGACAUAUGCUUCAAUAACACUAUCCUCAAACAACCUGCAUUGCCAGUGACUUUUGCUUUAGUGUUUUUUUUUCUUUCUUUCUUUUUCUUUUUCUUUCUUUUUGUUUGACAUUGUUAUUGAAUACAAAAGUAGAAAAUUUUAUUAUUUACUCUUGAGUCAGUGGAGGCAUUUUGUAUAAUUGACUUGCAGGAUUCAGUGCUGUAAAUAUAUAACUGAAAAUAAGAUAUUUUAAAAUAUCUAGAUGAUACUUUAUACUUGUUCUUUGAAGGUUAAUCAUUUUAGACUAAAUCUAAUUGGGAUAGCAGUUUGGGGUAUAGACGUUUUAUGCAACAUCUGUCAGUUUCUUUUGUUUUAUGCCCUCAAGUUUUUCUUAGUGGCUUAAAUUGAGCUUUAAAUGAGGUGUGCUUGACAAUUACAGCUGUAUAUCUAAUACUGGUUUACACAAAAUAUUAAUGUUAAUUUGUACCUCAUCUGUCCUUGUUCACUGUGUGUUUGUCUCUAUUAUUCUGGCCUAUUUUCUGCAUUCUGCUUGUUUCUUGUCCUGUUUAGUUCUCACUCGAAAGCAAUGUGAUCAUUAGCUUGUUCUUUGCAACCUGUCGUCACUCCCCUUCAUAGACGAACUGAAUUUUAAAAUGCAAUUUGAAUUUCACAGAUUAUAAACAACUCAGGUGGUCUUUUCUUUCAUUCAAAUUAGAGUAGUAUAUCACAUUCAGUCCUUAGCAUUGAAAUCUAAAUGUCUCUCAAUGUAUAAAAAUAAGACAGUUAUUUUUCAUCAAAUUCCAUUUUUGCCUCUGAGCAACAUAUAUUUUUUAUAUAUUUAAUUUCUGAAUUUUUUUGGAAAAAAUAAAUAAAUUGUUUCUUCUCACAGUGACAGCGAUGUUUUGUAACAAUGUGAAGAAAUAAACACUGGACUCAAGGUUG